AUGACAAGCGAAACAGAUAGCAUAUUUCAGCAAGUUCCAGAAAUAAUAAGCCAAAAUAUCAUUAAACUUGUGGACGACAGGAUAAGCUCAGAAGUCCCACGAGUUGUUCAGUCCCUUUCACAACCACCUCAGUGGUUUGUAGAUGGUAUUAAUUCAGUCAAGAAUGAAGUCAAGUCAGUCAAGGAUGAACUCAAGGAAGAAAUCCGUAUUCUUGAAAGAGCUGUGAAUGAACUAACCAUCUCAACGAAUACUGGUUUCCGUAUGAUACACUACAAGCUCGCUCUCUUGGAUAAUGUAACCAGAAGAAAUAAUGGUUAUACUGUUGCUCCUGUGCCAUUUAUAAACUUAGAAAUCACGCAAGACGGUUUACCCCCUAUUGAGACCGUUCAAGAUAUUGACAGUUUAAGUAAAGAAGACUGCCAGAAGUAUUUAGAUGGAUACAAUAUUCCAUAUCGUCCAAAUGAAAGGGCGUUAUUAAAAUCAAAAUUGAGAGAUUCUGUUGGUUUGGUAAGUUCAGGGGAUUUGAGGUAUACAUUUAGUAAUUUCACGGAGGAACUUUAG